CUGUAAUAUAUUUGAUUUUUAUGAUUUUUUUGAAAGCCUUUUUGACAAGAGACCAACUGACUGCUGAGGUCAACACUCAUAUUUUAAGUUGAUAAUGUGGAGGAAAUGCAUCAGCUUAUAGUUUAUUUGACAUGACAUUUUUUCCUGAAGAACCCUUAAAGGGCGAAAUCUGCCGAAACGUACCCAAUAAGAUGUCUCUGUGUCGGAAGCAAACAUAAUAUUGGUUGACAUAAUAUAACGGUAUUGACGGGGCAUCUUGUUAACUCCUGGUAACUUCAGCAGCAGCUGAUACUCACAACCAGCUCCUUGACAUUAGAUUUUAAACUAACAUUUUCAGAUUUAAAUGUUAGUAUAACUCUGACAAUAAGGAUUCAAAAUUAGAACAUUUUCAAUUGAUUGAUUAGUUGAUGAAAUUUACAUUAAAUAUAAUCCCAUUACAGUUCCUUGGGGCCCAUGGUUUACCGGCAUAGGGUCGGUAUGUCUUCACACUCGACUAGCAGCACAUUCUUACAGGUUGGAACCAUCAUUUGUCCGGCAUUACUAUUGGAAAAGUUAUUCAAACUAUUAUUUGACCAUCAACAGACCUGCUGAUAUUAUUAUAUUAUUUCAGGUAUAACUUUUGCUUCCUUCUGCAGCAGUUGGAUUGUCAAUAGAGUUUGCGGGGGAGCUGGGUCGUGUUGGUUGUCUUGCAGGCGACUGUACGGUUUGUGUUCUUCUCAGGGAGUCACUCCACAAUCCCAGCACUCCCCUGAGCGACACACAGCGAGCCUGAAAGAACUUGGCCGUCCUCCAGACCUCUAAUUGAUUUCUCAUCUCUUAAGUCCUAACUCCCUGCUCAGAUGCUGCACGCCGGCCGCUGAAAUGAAUCAUGUUGGCAGGUGUGUGCUGGAGAGCCUUAUCCGCAGGUGACGGUUAAUGUGCAGUUCUGUUUGCCCGUGUGUAGUUUGCCGGUGAAUUCACUCCCAAGUAGUCUUAGGAUACUUAAUAAGAACGUGAAAGCGAGAUGUUACGGCCUUUCUUGGCUUCCCUUACUCAAUUGCUUAUUUAUCAAUGGAAAGGCUGGCUCUUAUAGAAAUAAUAGAUAUUCAGGGUUCGUACGGUCAUGGAAAACCUGGAAAAGUCAUGGCAUUUUAAAAUGGUAAUUUCCAGGCCUGGAAAAGUCAUGGAGAAAACUUAAAUCAUAAAAGUAUUGGAAAAGUCAUGGAAAUUUGUUAUCACAUGUGCAUUUGAGUUUAAGGUCAUGUAGUUUGAAAUAAUUAAUGUUUUUUAAAGAAGGACGCUCAAAAUAUAAGCCGGCAUACGCUCUCAAAUUCCCAAUACGCUAAAUUUUCUAAAUUGUUAAUGUUUCUACCGAGAUUUCAGUGUGGUCAUGGAAAUUUGGUUUAAAGUCAGACGAGUUAUGGAAAGUCAUGGAAAUCCAUUUGUCAAAAUGUGUAAGAACCCUGGAUAUUUACUAUCCAAUCAGUGGAUUUUUGAUGUUGUUCUGUGUGCUCAAAACACUUUGGGACAGCAGCACAUUGGUCGUGGGUAUUUAAGAUGUAGCUUUCUUGGCUGACUUCCUUUUGUUUUUAUAUGUACAUUUAAAUUAUUAUUAACACCUUGAUGUGUUUUGUCAUUCAUUUCAGAAAUGUGAAGUGAGAACAACAGUCAUAUGGCCAUGAGAAGAGAGACCAGCACGUCUCUGGAGCUCUUCCCCUCGCACUUCUUUGUGUCGGCCUCUGACUUUCUUUCUUCAGUACGGAUUGAAGAAGAAGGAACAUUGAAGCUUUUGAAGCCACUGUUGGACUUGAGAGAUUUGUGUCCGUGUAAAAGAUACUUAAACAACCGCAAUGAUGUUUAUGGCCGAGGCAGGUUUCCAGAAGACGCAUUGUAAUAGGAUUUUAGACAUUGCCUAUAACUUAGUUUUUAAUUUAAUUCUGCCUUGGAUGGAUUGCCACUGCAACAACUUGGUCCACUAUUUUAUAGAUGCUGACUAAUCAGAUGUCAUAGUUUGAUCACACUUCCCACCAACUCCUCCUCUUUGUCCUUUUUCCAGAGUGGGUGCUGUCUGCUGACCACCUUUCUCCAACGUGACUGUGAUAUUUGCCGAUAGAAACUAUUCCCUCUACUACCAACACCAUGUCAGGUACCUACACACCAGCCCCUGGUGGGCCGUUCUCUGCUCUCACCCCCAGCAUGUGGCCCCAGGACAUUUUGGCCAAGUACCAUCAAAAGGAGCCCUCAGAGCGGCUGGAACCCCAAUACGAUGAGUUUGGCUUCAAAGUGGCCCCUGAAGACGACGUGAAGCCCAGGUCCUGGCUGGGCACUGAAGGCUCCCCCCAGCGUGAAGACCCCCAGCAGCGAUUGCGCUGGCAAGCCCACCUGGAGUUCACCCACAACCACACGGUGGGUGACCUGACCUGGGAGCUCAUCGACCCCGUCCUCCAGCGCUCUGAGCGCCUGCGUUCCCUGGUGCUCGGUGGCAUACCACACAGCAUGAGGCCACAGCUAUGGAUGCGUCUGGCUGGAGCGCUGCAGAAGAAGAGGACCUCUGAGAUCGCCUACCGAGAAAUCAUCAAGAACAGUUCUAAUGACGACACCAGCAACGCCAAACAGAUAGAGAAAGACCUGUUGCGGACCAUGCCCACCAAUGCGUGUUUCUGUAGCAUGACCAGUGUCGGCGUGCCGAGGCUGAGACGGGUGCUGAAAGGUCUGGCCUGGCUCUACCCAGACAUCGGGUACUGCCAGGGCACCGGCAUGGUGGUUUCCUGUCUGCUGCUCUUUCUUGAGGAGGAGGAUGCCCUUUGGAUGAUGUGUGCUCUCAUCGAAGACCUCCUUCCGCCAUCCUACUUCUCCUCCACUCUGCUGGGCGUCCAAACGGACCAGAGGGUUCUCCGCCAGCUCGUUGUUCAGUACCUGCCUGCCCUCGACCGUCUCCUGCAGGAGCAUGACAUCGAGUUGUCGCUGAUCACGCUGCAUUGGUUCCUGACGUCAUUUGCCAGCGUGGUGGACAUCCGUCUGCUCCUGAGGAUCUGGGACCUGCUCUUCUACCAGGGCUCACUGGUGCUCUUCCAGAUCACACUGGGCAUGCUCAAAAUCCAGGAGGAGGAACUUGUUGCCUCAGAGAACUCGGCAUCCAUUUUCAAUACUCUGUCGGACUUGCCCAGCCAGCUGCGAGAUGGGCCCGCGGUUCUCGGGGAAGCGAUGCGGUUAGCAGGGACUCUAUCCGAGGAAACGCUGGAAGCCCACCGGCACAAGCACCUCGCCUACAUCCUAAAUGAACAGGCGCAGCGCAACAAUGGCAACAACGCAACACUCAACACCAACCUCAACAAGGUGGUGAGGAGGCAGUCCCUGCGCAGGAAGUCCACCCUGAGCUCGCUGCUGUUUGGGGAGGAUGAGGCCGAGGCCCUAAAGUCCAAGAACAUCAAGCAGACGGAGUAUGUGGCGGCCUUGCGAGAGGCCAUAUCCCGCACUGCGGAACACUUCAACUGUCUGGACCCACGGCACUCCAGCACCGAACUGACUCCCGACUACUCCAUGGAGAGCCACCAGCGAGAUCAUGAAAACUUUCUUGUGGUGUCUCGCAACCGACGGAGACGGGGAAAGGCUCUGCUGGACUUUGAGCGUCAUGAUGACGAUGAACUUGGCUUCAGGAAGAACGACAUCAUCACCAUCAUCUCGCAGAAAGAUGAACACUGUUGGGUUGGCGAGCUCAAUGGCCUUAGAGGCUGGUUCCCGGCUAAAUUUGUGGAGAUCCUAGAUGAAAGAAGCAAAGAGUACUCAUUAGCAGGUGAUGACUCUGUGACGGAGGCCGUGACGGACCUGGCCAGGGGCACGCUGUGUCCGGCCCUGAAGGCCAUUUUUCAGCACGGUCUCAAGAAGACGUCGAUACUGGGAGGACCUUGUCAUCCUUGGUUAUUCAUCGAAGAGGCGGCCAGCAAAGAGGUAGAGAGGGACUUUAACUCCGUCUACUCCAGACUAGUGCUGUGUAAAACCUACAGGUUGGAUGAAGACGGGAAAGUACUAACACCAGAGGAGCUGCUGUACAGAGCGGUGCAGUCGGUCAACAUGAGCCAUGACACGGCACACGCUCAGAUGGACGUCAAGUUUAGGUCUCUUGCCUGCGUCGGCCUUAAUGAGCAGGUGCUGCACCUAUGGUUGGAGGUGUUGUGCUCCAGCAUGCCGGCUGUAGAGAAAUGGUAUCAUCCGUGGUCCUUCCUCCGCAGUCCUGGAUGGGUACAGAUCAAGUGUGAGCUCAGGGUGCUAUCAAAGUUUGCCUUCAGCCUCUCUCAAGACUGUGAGCUUCCUGACAAGAAAGAGGAGAAGGAGCAGAGGCCACUGAAAGAGGGGGUGCAGGAUAUGUUGGUGAAACACCAUCUCUUCAGCUGGGACAUUGACGGCUAGAUGCACAGCAACAUCUGGCUGAGUCCUUCUCCGUCCUGCGCGUCUGUCUCGUUGAUGUCUCCUAACCCGUUUUUCACAGAUUAUCAAUUACACAUCCGACACCACUGUCUGCUCCAGUACGUGACUAAUCUCUCAGACUCCGUCUGUCUCCCUCCAGCAUCGGACGAAAGGUCGGCCAGCUUGUACGUGCUAAAGCAUGUGUGCAUUGAAAUGCAUACGCUAUUUAAAUUCAGAACUAUUGUAGGAGGUUGCACCACAUGGUGGACACUCUAUAUACUAGUAGACUCUAGUACAUCAUAGUCUGUAUCCACGGGACUGGAGCACUCUGUCUCCUAACAGGAAGUAGUGAGAUGUUCAGUCUGUAAAAUGCAGCAGCCGGUCAUUCCCUGGACACACGGUGGUCCGAAAUGCCACGUUGCCCUGUAUAUUCCCCGAUUAUAAGACCAAAACGUAACAUUCCGAAAAAAUGGAGCUGUAAAGUUACAAAUUAUUUUUUGGAGAGGAAUGCUACUUACCUCGGUAUCAUUAAUUCCACAAAUCUAUUUCAUGAACUACUGAUGUUGCACAUGCCAAGUAAAGCCUUUUUGAAUUGUAAUACAAUACCUUAACAGUGGUGGUGAACAGUCUGCAGUUGUAUGACAUCAUGUAAAUAAAGCAGAUAAAUACUU